CGCAUUCGUGGCUUACGGGUUAGUCGCCACUCGUGCGAGCGUUUGGCAGUUUCGCCGCACUAUAAAAUAGGUAAUAGGUAUUAAAAUAUGUUAUGUAAUUUUAGAUUAAGGUUUAUUUAUGACGAUAAAAAAAUGUAUCGUCUGUACAACUGUUACGAUCUGUGUAUUGUUUGAUAUGUACAAUAUAUUAUGAUAGACACUCGUGAUGGAGCUAUCGCUGCAGUUAUUGUCGUUAAUUGCAUCGCUGUUGUGUCACCCUGUCGUUUUGGUGUCGACCCGACGGAACAUCACUAGACAUGUUUUUGGUCGUGGUGGCCAAAAGGCUGAUGACGGAGCGGUGGAUUCCAGAUGUCAACCGUGUACGUGCGGUGUUGGAUAUCCCAGAUCGAGGAUCGUGGGCGGCAGCGAAGUCAGAGAAAACGAAUAUCCUUGGAUGGCAUCGCUAUGGAAUGUCAAGAAGAAGUUCUUUUGCGGUGGUUCAAUCGUCACCGAUCAGUACGUACUUACGGCCGCCCACUGUUUUAGCGAAGUGCCGGCGACCAAUUAUCGGGAGAUUCACGUUGUGCUCGGGCAGACCAGAAGGCCCGGUAGACUGUACCCGGGCGGACCGCACGUCAUCUGCGCGUCGGUAGUGAAGAUACACCACAAGUAUAAUCGACUGGGGGCGAACGUGCACGACAACGACAUAGCGUUAGUCAAGAUGACCAGACCCGUGAAGUUUGAACGUACCACCCAGUCCAUUUGUCUGCCUAUGAUCAGGUACGACUACGGUGGGCUAACCGCGGCCGUGGCCGGUUGGGGGCAGUUGAGCGAAUUUAGCAGCACGUCGCUUAGCCUCAGACACGCCACGCUUCCCGUGUGGACCGAAAAGGAAUGUGCCGCCGUACCCGAGAUCGAGAAAACGGGAUACACGCCCAACAUGAUGUGCGCCGGGUUUCAGGAAGGUGGAGUGGAUUCGUGUCAGGGCGACAGCGGUGGACCUUUGAUGCUUUAUGAUAAUAGCGAAAAAUUAACAGUGGCUGGAAUCGUGUCUUGGGGUAUUGGGUGCGGAGCUCCAAAACUUCCUGGAGUGUACACGAGGGUUGACAAAUAUCUGGGAUGGAUAAUGAGAAACACGAAGGACAGUUGCCACUGCACAAACUGAAUCCAUUUUUCAUGACUGUUAUUUAUGCCCACUGUAUUAAAAAUGAAAUUCUUCAAUCAACAACCACUCAACAUCACAACAUUGAGAGUCUACAACUAAUUUUGUUUUCACAAUAGAAAUUACUAAAGGUAAUAAAUUUCAUCAAAAUACAGUUGAUCCGUCAUCAGUCUCUACUUUUGAAUAACUAGCCGUAUUUGGUCGUCUUCGGUGGUUUGUACUUCGCCGUCCUUCAAUUAAAAGCGCAAUUAUCUGAAAUAAGAUAGUAUUAGAUAGAUAAUCUCAUUGUUAUAUUAGAAUAAAUUGAAGAGAGGAAAACAUUAAUAUAAACAUUUUUAUUUGCAAUACAAUAUGUCAUGUCAUGUAUUUUUUUUUUUUGUUAGAUAAUGUUGAAUAGUUUAUUAUUAUUCUUUUCUUAAAACUUAUUUACAAUUCACAGAAAAUGGAAAUGAAUUCAAAUUGAAGAAUAUAGUUUUAAAAAUUGUAUGCUUACUUUUUUCUUAUUGUAUAAAGCUAAAUAAAAUAGCAUUGAUAGUAUAGUCAUUAUGCUGAAGUAGAAAAGGAAAUGUGAGUCUUCUGUAUCACCAAACCCAUGAUUUGUAAAUAUAGGUUUUGGACCUAACCUUGAUACACUUUCUUUAGUUUCUGCAAAAGCAUGAUAUAUAUAUAUUAAUUUUAUUUUAAAAAGUAAUAUAAUAAAAGUAUGAACAAAAUA